GUCAUUCCAGAUUGAGGAUUCCCUAAAUAAUCACCAACUGUGCCGUCUGGUGCCGGGGAGCUAGCGGAAAGAGAGAGCGCCCGCCCCGGGGACGCCGCGGAUCCCUGGAGCCAGCCUUCGGCGGGCGGGUGGCUCCAGGAGGGGUGCUUGGUCCUCCAGGAUCUCCCUCUCCCCUCCCUUCUCCCCACCACCCCCUUUCGCCUAUUGCUUUCUUCGCAGCCCUGCUGGCGGGGAGUCGCGCUUCCCGCAGCUGGCAACAGCUGCCCGCGUCCCUAUCCAGGCUCCCGCUAACCGCUCCCACCUGGAGGCUGGGAAUUCCAGAGCUGGGGCUGCCGGGCCCCGGAGAACCGCAGCCAGGGCGAUGCAUUCCGGAGCCCUCACCCCGCCGCCGGGACGGACCUCCUCCUCUCCAGACCUGCUGGCUGCGGGGAGUUAAUUUGCUGCCUUCUUCCCCCCUUUUUCUUGCGGUUCGUGGCUUGUUUUCUAAAGGAACGCUCUAUUCACUUUUGUAUCUUCUACCGGGGACUCCACUUGCCUCGGUGCGGACUCUGCUUUGUAAACGGGGUUUCUAGGUGUGCAUGUGCACCUCUACUUUGGACACCUUACCGCGCGUGCGCCUCUCCCCAGGGGGCACGGCUUAUUCCUGUGGACAUCCUCCUUCCCCUUCCACUGGGUACCUUGAACGCAGUGUGUGACCCAACUCCCCACUGCCCAUUGGACACGGAUCACCUAGUGAUGCAAGUUUGGGGUGCAAACGUCUAGUUACUUGGAAGGCCUGGGACUGCCCCGCCCCUGGCGCCGGCGGUCCAGGGAAGUUUACAUCUGGAUUUUCACACCUUGUGUCGCCACUGCCCAGACUAACUAACCUGUGUGGGCGCCAGGUGUUUGGUACUGCGGCCUCCUUCAAAUUAGCACUGCCUCCCAGCACCUGCCUUGUUCCCUGCGGCCGUCGAGGUCCUGCCCCAGGGCCCAAGGAGCACGAUCCGGAAUUUGCGGUGGAGUCUGGGGCCUGGGCCUCUACCUUGAGCAGCCAUGGCUGCGGCGAUAGCCAGCUCCCUGAUCCGGCAGAAGCGGCAGGCGAGGGAGUCCAACAGCGACCGGGUGUCGGCCUCCAAGCGCCGCUCCAGCCCCAGCAAAGACGGGCGCUCGUUGUGCGAGAGGCACGUCCUCGGGGUAUUCAGCAAAGUGCGCUUCUGCAGCGGCCGCAAGAGGCCGGUGAGGCGGAGACCAGAACCCCAGCUGAAAGGAAUUGUGACAAGGUUAUUCAGCCAGCAGGGAUAUUUCCUGCAGAUGCACCCAGAUGGUACCAUUGACGGGACCAAGGACGAAAACAGUGACUACACUCUCUUCAAUUUAAUUCCUGUGGGCCUGCGUGUGGUGGCCAUCCAAGGGGUGAAGGCCAGCCUCUAUGUGGCCAUGAAUGGUGAAGGCUAUCUCUACAGCUCAGAUGUUUUCACUCCAGAAUGCAAAUUUAAGGAAUCUGUGUUUGAAAACUACUAUGUGAUCUAUUCUUCUACUCUGUACCGUCAGCAAGAAUCAGGCCGGGCAUGGUUUCUCGGACUCAAUAAAGAAGGUCAAAUUAUGAAGGGGAACAGAGUGAAGAAAACUAAGCCCUCAUCACAUUUUGUACCCAAACCGAUUGAAGUGUGUAUGUACAGAGAGCCAUCACUACAUGAAAUUGGAGAAAAACAAGGGCGUUCAAGGAAAAGUUCUGGAACACCCACCAUGAAUGGAGGCAAAGUCGUGAAUCAAGAUUCAACAUAGCUGAGAUCCCUUCCCUUCUUCCCUUUCUCAUCCCGCCCCCUUUGUCCCUCCCCUUUACCCACUCACUUCAAUAAAUCCAGAUGACAAUAAAGUGGCAUCGCAGGACCUAAUGGCUAA